AUGGAUAUUCGCGUACUGACCUCGGCCGACAUCCCCCACGUACAGUCCACCAAUAUCACGAAUCUACCAGAGAAUUAUUUCCUCAAGUAUUACCUCUACCAUGCUCUUUCUUGGCCACAACUCUCCUACGUUGCCGUCGAUGUUUCUCGUCCUAAAAAAACACCCUACGAUCCUCCCAAGAUUGUCGGGUACGUGCUGGCCAAGAUGGAAGAAGAGCCCGUGAAUGGGAUACAACAUGGGCACAUCACAAGUUUGAGUGUUAUGAGAACGCAUAGACGGUUAGGAUUGGCGGAAAAACUCAUGAGGCAGAGUCGUAUGCGCUAUCUCUCCCACACGCGCCGAGUGUACCAUUCCGAGAGGCAGACCGAUCUCAAAGAAGGGUUUCAUGAAGCUGACGCAAGAUCUUUUCCACUAGAAAGAGCUAUGGUCGAAACAUUCGGUGCACAAUAUGUGUCUCUUCAUGUUCGAUUGGCCAAUAUCGCCGCGCUACGUUUAUAUAGGGAUACGCUAGGUUUCGAGGUCGAGAAGGUGGAGUCCAAGUACUACGCUGAUGGGGAGGACGCAUAUAGCAUGAAGAUGAAUCUGACCAAUCUGCGAGAGGCGUUAGAGGACACGUACGUGGACGAAGGCGAUGAGGUUGGCAGUGUAGGAAAAAAGGAAGAGGGGAAGAAAGGGGGUGAGAGAGGGAAGAAGAGAAAGGUCAGGUUGGGGAGAGUACUAGGUGUGGGUGACUUGGUAGAGAAGAAUGAAAGUAGGAUAUAG